AGCAAACUACGAUACUGAGCAACCCUAUUUUUUUUCCAGAAGACUCUAUCACUGAAACUGCAUUAACAAAAAAAAGUUAAACUUUGCAGACUUUUAUUAAGGCACUGUCUAUUCAUUCACUCAUUCAUUUAUUAAUUUUCAGGAGGUGAUCCAUAGCAACCAGGUCGACAUUUCAAGAAGCAGCCAGGAAAUGGAAAGAAAUGAACAAGAAUCUUCCGAAACACACAAAAUUGAUGUUGUUGGAACAGAAACGGUCUCUCAUCUUCAAAAGCACACUGAGGAAAUAAACCAAGCUUCUCAGAUCCAUCAAUAUGUUCAAGAAACAGUCAUUGAUACACCUGAGGAUGAAGACAUUCCGAAGAUUUCGGUUAAGGUUUUAAAAGAGCAAUUUGAAAAGUUUGCUCAGGAAAAGACCCUUUAUUCUGACAAAGAGACAGCCCCAGCCAAGCAGAUUAAUAAGAUUGGAAGUGACUAUGAAGAGACUCUUAAGCCAUCAUCCAUUGUGGAUACCUCUUCGACUUCUUGUACUCCAAUCAGCCAGAGGAAGGAAACAUUGACCAGACUAACUAGUGACCACAGGGCCACUUCCUCAACACUGGUGCAAGAUAAUACCGUUCCUUCAGGAGGGACAGAAGAAUUUCCUCCUCCCCCACCCGGAAGCCUUCAAACUCCAAUAGAUGUGAUGGCAUUUUCCCAGUCCCCUGAAUUCCCCAGCCCUCCUAGAAUGCCACCAGUCUCCAAAGAAUUAUGUUCUAAACAAAGAAAUUUGUAUGAGCUAAACCAUUUAUAUAAACACAUCCAUUCGGAGUUAAGGAAGAACUUAGAAAAAGAUUAUAUCAGUCAGGUUUCUGAGAUAGUUUCUAGUCAAGUGAAUCCAAGCAGCUCAGUUUCUGCAGAUGUUCAGCAAGCCCGGUAUGUUUUUGAAAACACAAAUGUCAGUUGUCCAAAAGGCCUGAACUCAGAAAGAGAACUUUUGGAGUGGAAUGAGAUUCUGAAGGGGGAGGUACAGUCCAUGAGGUGGAGUUUUGAAAAUCAGCCUUUAGAUGCCAUCAACAAUGGCUCCCCAGAGGAAGGUAACAUCUCCAAGGGCAUUGCUGAUCAAGAAAUCAUUGCUGGUGGUGAUGUGAAAUAUACCACAUGGAUGUUUGAAACACAACCCAUAGAUAUGCUGGGGGAUCAUUCUUCUGGUACUGAAGAAAAUGCUGAGAAAAUUCUUGAGCUAGCCAGAGGAGAUGUUUGUACAGCCAGAUGGAUGUUUGAAACAAAGCCAUUAGAUUCAAUGAAUAAAAUGCAUCCAAGUCAAGAAGAACCAGGGGUAUAUUCCAUAAAGGAUAUAAUUGGCGGGGAUGUCAAGACUGUGAGAGACAUGUUUGAAACUCUACAUCUGGAUCAACUUGGACAGUUUCAUACAGUGGAUCAGGUUCACUUACUGCAGCUCAGGUCUGAGCUCCAAGAAAUUAAGGGAAAUGUUAAGCAAAGCAUAAAAUGUUUUGAAACUCAACCAUUCUGUGUUAUUAGAGAUGGUUUAGGUCAAACGCUAGAAAUUAAAACUGUUCACAGAGAAGAUGUUGAAAAGGGGGAUGUGAAAACAGCACAAGGGCUUGAAACACAGCCCUUGGACACAAUCAAUAAGGAUAUCACAGAAAUUAAAGUCAUCCAAGAAAUAUCCAUGGAAGAAAAGGUCAAAGGUGGGGUGAGCAGGGCAAAGUGGUUGUUUGAAACUCAGCCUUUGGAGAAAAUCAAAGAGUCAGAAGAGGACAUGAUUGAGAAGGAAACAAUUAUGGGUACAGAUGUCUCCAGAAAGUGUUGGAUGUUUGAAACACAGCCAUCAGACAUUCUAAAGGAAGUUCCCGACGCAGAUUCUGUAAGAUCUGAAGAGAUAAUAGGGGGCGAUGUACAAACUACCAAGCCUCUAUUUCAAACACUUCCAAUAGAAGCUUUAAAAGAUAGCCCUGAUGUAGGUAAACUUCAAAAAAUUACCACCUCUGAAGAAGAAAAGGGGGAUGUUAGGCACCAAAAGUGGAUUUUCGAAACCCAACCUCUGGAAGAGAUUAGAGAAGAUAAAAAAGAGUACAUACGAACAGUGAAACUUGAAGAGGUUGACAGAGGAGAUAUCAGAAAUUACACAAAUACCUUUGAGUCAAACAAUUUAAUUAAAUUUGAUGCAUCACAUAAGAUAGAGGUGAAAGGAGUCACAAGAGGUGCUGUAGAAUUAAAUAAAUCACUCUUUGAAACAACACCAUUACAUGCUAUUCAAGAUCACCUUGGAAAAUGUCAUCAGGUAAAGACAGUCCAGCAAGAAGAAAUCCUAAGAGGUGAAGUAAGAAGCUGCAGGUGGCUUUUUGAAACAAGGCCCAUUGACCAGUUUGAUGAAAGCAUUCAUAACUUUCAAAUAAUCAGAGGAAUAUCUGCUCAGGACAUACAGACUGGAAAUGUGAAAUCUGCUAAGUGGUUGUUUGAAACCCAACCUCUUGAUUCAAUUAAAUAUUUUAGUAAUAUGGAAGUAGAAAGUAAAAUUGAACAAGCUACAGAUAUCAUUAAAGGGAAUGUCAAAACCUGUAGCCAGCCAAUGGAGUCUCUUUAUGAAAAAGUCUCAUUAAUGACAGACAGUGAAGAAAUUCCUAAGGGAGAUAUCAAAGCCUGUACUUGGCUCUUUGAAACUCGGCCCCUUGAUACCAUAAAAGAUGACUCUGAAGAAACAGUCAAAUCACAAGCUGUAAAACAGGAGGAGAUCAAUGGUGUAGAUGUUUGUUCAGCGUGUUUUCUUUUUGAGACAGAAAAUCUGGACAGCAUACAAGGAGAAGAAGGAAAGGAAAUCAAGGCUGUGGAAGUAGAUAUCCAAGCUGGGGAUGUCUCCAGCAUGCGGCAUAAAUUUGAAAAUCAGUCCUUAGACUCUAUCAGGUCCUCAGAGGAAGUUUUGAGAAAGAUCACAUCUCCUGCAACACUUUGUCGCCAAAUUAAGAUAGAAACUCGUCGUAGGGACUCUCCACCUAUAAUUACAAUACCGGUAAGUGUAAAUCAUGUUGAUAGUAGUUCCUUCAGAGAAUCCAUGGAAGCGCAAGAGGAAGUUAGGAAAGUAGGGAAAAGGGCGACUUACAUCCACAAAGACAGAAUAAGUUCCUCUGGGUGUAUAGGGCCAGAUACUGAAUGUUUUGACGCAGUUGAAAUCAUCCACAAAGUUGAAGGGCCCCUCAGGUCAGAGCACACACAGAGAUAGGAAGCAGCCAACCAAACUGUUCAAAUGGCUGAAAAUUUCAUGAAUGACUGUGAAAAUGAAAUAAACAGAUUCAGGGAAUUUGAGGAUGGCCCAGUUUUGGAAGCAAAGUCAAAGAGAAGAGUUUAUGUAAAUGGAGAAGCAAACCAUAAUAUAACACUAGAAAGUCAUACAUUUUGUAAGGAGGAAUUUGGAUUAACAUCUUCAGAGAACUCUAGUUUUACAGGCUUUUCAGGCAAUCAUCCUAGGGAACUGCAAGAAAAAAUUCCUGUUAAGCAGCCUAGCAUAUGCUCUGAAACAAGGUCCCUAAGUGAGCAUUUCUCAGGUGUGGAUGCAUUUGAGAGUCAAGUUGUGGGGUUGAAGAUGACAGUUUCUUCACCACAUAACUCAGAAGCUGGCAAAUCUGGCUUUGACUUCAAGCAUGCCCCACCAACCUAUGAAGACGCCAUCGCUGGCCACAUUUUAGAUGUUUCUGAUUCACCUAAAGAACUCAGGAGGAAUUUUCAAGAGACGUGGCAGGAGAGUCAAAGAGUCUUUAAAAAACUGGGAUAUGCAACCUCAGAUUCUUCUGCAACAGAGAUGAGAACUGCCUUCCAAGAAGAAUCUGCAUUUAUAAGUGACAAGGAAAUAUGUAUACUUUGUCAAAAGACAGUUUAUCCAGAGGAGUGCCUCAUAGCCGACAUGCAGAUUUUCCAUGAGUCCUGCUUCAGAUGCCACAACUGUGACAGUAAACUGAGUUUGGGAUAUUAUGCAUCACUUCAUGGACAAAUAUAUUGUAAACCACACUUUGAGCAACUUUUCAAAUCUAAAGGAAAUUAUGAUGAAGGUUUUGGACACAAACAGCAUAAAGACCGAUGGAAUUGCAAAAUUCAGAGCAGCUCAGUGGACUGUAUUCCUAAUGAAGCACCAAAUAUGUGUAAAAACAGUAUAGAAAACACCCCCACACUUAGGGAUCUUAACAAACAUUUAGAUGCUGAGAACAGCAAAGGGCAAAGGGAUGAGCUGAGAAAAGUCAGGGAGAGGAGAAAACUAAAAAUCAUUUGGCCCCCAUCUAGGAAGCUGCCUGAGAAAACCUUUCCCCUUGAGGAAGAACUCAAAAUGAGCAAACCGAAAUGGCCACCUGAAAUGACAGCCCCUGCAUCUGCUGAAUUUAAAGAUGAACUAAGAGAACACAAUAACACUCUGGAAAAUAAAGGACAAGAGCAAGAUACUUCUCUCCUUGAGACAUAUCUGCAGCACAUCCAUAUGUGUCAGAAAGAUGUUACAGGAAUCCAAGAAAUGGGUUAUAAAGCAAAGUAAGAUGAGAAGGAAGGGAGUAAGAAUGUGCCAGAUAAUCUGAAUGAGGCUGAAGAAAUAAAGAGUAAGAGGAAAAGUGAAAUGGAUGUUAGCAAGAAUAAUAUUGGGGUUGUUCAGAUAGCUGAGGAGAAAAAUGAACCAGGUAAUGAGCUUGAUGAUGCAGAAGUUAUACAGGUUACUGACACUGAUGAUGAGGUGGUACCAGAAAAUCAUAAAGAGAAUUUGAAUAAGAAGAAUAAUAAUUAUGUAGCAGUCUCGGAUCUGAAUAAUGGCAGGCAGAAGACAUCUAUUUUAGAAUUUCCUAAUCUAUUACCACUGUCAAGUGAAGCAAACUGUGUUGCAAGUGACUAUGUGAUUGAAAACUUAGAAAGUGUACCCAGGAUCUCUGAAGAGACGUACUCGAGGAAUGUACCAGCUAUGGCUUGCAAGAAGCAGGCUGGCAGAGCUACUGCUGGCAGUCCUGUGCAGUCUGCCCCCAAGUCAGUCCUCAGUAGCAGCUUAAGAGGAAAGAGGAACAGCUCAAUGGCCUCUCCUCCUAACACAAAUACCUUAAACAUCAAAGAAAACCACUCAAAUAACAAGAAUCUAUGCUUCUUCUUUUCUAACACUGUGAAAAUUGCUGCUUUUUCCAAGAAGAAUGAGGAUCCUGAUUUAAUAGAGUCUGUAGAUCCAAUUAAAAACAUGCCAUGUUUGUAUUUAAGAGAACUUGGGAAGAACAUCAAACAUUGGCAUGGUGAAGCAGGAGCAGCAGGAAACACAAGCUUUGAUGCUCUGAGCAGUGAAUGUGCAACUAAGCCUUCAUUUCCCAGAGUGGAGGACCAGUUUGAACAACUCACUGUGGAAGAGCAAAUUAAAAGGAAUAGGUGCUACAGUGAAACAGAGUAAAACAUCUCUGGCCACUUGCAGUGGACUUCAGGCUUGGAAACACGCAGGCAUGGACUUUAGGGAUUUUGAUGACGUUUAGUAGAACUUGUAAGCUUAAUGUUCAGAAAUCUCAUGUCUAUCACAAUGGGAUAUUCCUUGUGUUACACCGUAUGUUUUUCCCAAUUGGUUUGAAUCUACUUUUAAUCCGAAUGGAAUGAAAAAAAAUGAAACAAUAUGGCUAUGUUUUCUGUCAAGUGGCACUUACAUGUAUCGCUCUCUUUUUCAACAUGCCAGAGAACAUCACCAGGGAGAUUCUAUUCUGCUAAUGUUUAUCAUAAUUCUUAUACCUUCUCUAUAAUUUCUGCUGAAAUAAAAUUCAAUCACCUGGGAUACCAA